AUGGAAUCAUUACGGAAACCAUUUUUUUCUUUCUCUCUUUCAUUAAAUUUCUCUUUCUUUCUUUCCUUCUGUCUUUCUUUCUUUCUUUCUUUCUUUCUCUGUUACUUUCUUUCUCUUUUCUUCGAUCUUUCUAUUUCUUUCUUUUUUCAUUUGCGAUUUUCUUUUCUUCUUUUCUUUCUUUCUUUUUCUUUUUUUCUUUUUUCUUUAUCUUACGCGUUUUCUUUCUGUCUACUUUUCAGUCAGCCAGUCUUUCUUUCUUUAUUUAUUUCGUUCUUUCUUUCUUUCUUUCUUUCUUUCUUUCUUCCUUUCUUUUUCUUUCUUUCUUUUUUCUUUCUUUCUUUCUUUUUCUUUCUUUCUUUCUUUCUUUCACGUUUUCUUUCUACUUUUCGGCCAGUCAGUCAGUCAGUCAGUUUUCUUUCUUUUCUUUCUUUCUUUCUUUCUUUCUUUCUUUCUUUCUUUCACGUUUUCUUUCUACUUUUCGGCCAGUCAGUCAGUCUGUCAGUCUGUCUUUCUUUCUUUCUUUCUUUCUUUCACGUUUUCUUUCUACUUUUCGGCCAGUCAGUCAGUCAGUCAGUCAGUCUGUCUUUCUUUCUUUCUUUCUUUCUUUCUUUCUUUCUUUCUUUCUUUUUUUCACGUUUUCUUUCUACUUUUCGGCCAGUCAGUCAGUCAGUCAGUCAGUCAGUCAGUCUGUCUUUCUUUCUUACUUUCUUUCUUUCUUUCUUUUUAUUUUUUUUAUUUUUUCCUUCCGUCCUGCCUUCAUUUGCCUUUUUCGUAUUUCCUUCAUUUUCUUUUUUCAUUCUUCUCUCUUUUCUUAUUUUCUUACUUUCUGUUUUUCUCUUUUUCAUUCAUUCCUUUCUUUCUUUUCCUUUUAACCACUCUUUCAAUUCUUUCUUUAUUCUCUCUCCCACCAUUCUAUCUAUCCACAUUUCUUUCUUUCUUUCUUUCUUUCUUUAUGAUACUCCUCUUCUCUUUCUCUUUUUCUUUAUCUCUCUCUCAUAG